ACAUCCGGCAUUAUUCGUAAAUGUUUUUUUGUAUCUGGCAACGCUCAAAUACACAAAGCAAACGUGAGCUCAAUCCAAAAUAUAAAUUUGGUAAAGUUUGAGGAAAAGGACUAAUAUUUGCAGACAAAAGUGUCUUUGUAUUGCUUGUCGCAAAUAGCAAGGGGAAAGUGAAGCGAUAUAAAGGAUAAAACACAGGACAUUCACUUUAAACUCAGCAUCGUUUUGCUAAGCAUCUCGUGUAAAGGGCCACUGUAAAUUUUUGCUGUAACAAUGAAUAAACGCAACAAUAUUCGCUUACCUCCUGAAGUAAAUCGUCUGCUAUACGUGCGAAAUUUGCCUUAUAAAAUCACAUCGGAUGAAAUGUAUGACAUUUUUGGCAAAUUUGGAGCAAUAAGACAAAUUAGAGUUGGUAACACACCUGAGACGAGAGGAACGGCCUUUGUUGUCUACGAAGAUAUUUUUGACGCCAAGAACGCUUGUGACCAUUUAUCUGGCUUUAAUGUGUGUAAUCGUUAUCUUGUUGUCUUGUACUACCAAUCUAAUAAGGCAUUUAAACGUCUCGAUGUGGAUAAAAAACAAGAAGAACUUAAUAAUAUUAAAUCAAAAUAUAACCUAAAGACUCCAGAGGCGCCUUAGGUCCUGACCUUGAGGAGAUUGUGGGAGGGAAUUGAGUUGAUCUUUAUAUCGUAAAUCAUAAAAGUUUCUAUAACAUUUUUGAUUUAAUAUUGUGACUCUUUCACAUGGAUUUCUUCAAAAUAUGAAAUUUAAUUUAUAACAUAAAUAUUAUUUUUGCUUAGAAGGCAUUUAUUUUAUUACAUUGUUUAAAAUUAUUUUAAAACUGAUGUGGCAUAACUCAUUGGUAUCAUCUUAUGCCCAUCAAAACUUUUUAAUAUACUUUGUCUUCACAAUAUCAUCUGCAAUCAUCAUCAUUCAUACAAAUCAUACUAAUUGAUUCCAAACAUCAUCAUAACAUCAUUAAUAAUAACAAGCAAUAAAUGUAAAAUCGAAUUUUAUGGUCCUAUUAA